AUGGGAGCAACCCCUUUCCAUCACUCAGUCCUCGAGGUGUGGCUGCCAAAACACUUUGAUAAGGCAACGGACAUGAGGUAUGAUGGAACCCAAGAUCCGCAAGAGCACCUAACGGCCUUUGAGGCCAGGAUGAACUUGGAAGGAGUUGGCGACGAGGUGAGAUGUCGCGCCUUCCCGGUCACUUUGGCAGGACCUGCAAUCCGGUGGUUCAACAACCUCCCGCAGGGUUCCGUGGCCAAGUUUUCCGACAUCAGCCGCGCCUUCUUGGCCCAGUUCACCACCCGCAUCGCAAAGGCGAAACACCCGAUCAACCUGCUCGGGGUGACGCAAAGAUCCGGCGAACCGACUAGAAAAUACAUAGACAGGUUCAACGACGAGUGUUUGGAGAUAGACGGUCUAACCGACUUGGUGGCCAGUUUAUGUUUGAUAAAUGGACUCCGAAACGAGGAUUUCAGGAAACAUCUUACCACCAAGCCUCCCGCCUACAACCAAGCUCGUCAACACGAUAGCAGGGAAAGACUGAAGGAGCACCCCAAAGACGGAGUGCCGGCCAAGACCUUCAAGCCGUUCCCCCGAGUUGGAAAGUUCACCAACUAUACCCCCCUCGCAGUCCCUAUUGUGGAAGUCUACCAGCAGAUAGCCGAGAAGGGAAUUUUGUCGAAACCCCGACCUCUGAAGGACAGAACAGGAGGAAACAAGAAUCUAUAUUGUGAUUAUCACAAGGGCUAUAGACACAAAACACAGGAUUCUUUUGACCUAAAGGACGCGCUGGAGCAAGCGAUCCGAGAUGGAAAGUUAAGCGAGUUCUCCCACCUCAUCAGGGAGCCGAGAAGACGAGAUCGCGACCGAGAUGCAGAGGACAAGAGUCGCCCGGUAAAGCGACGCCAAGAGCCCGGCCUCACGAUAGUAAACGUAGUGAUCGAAAGGGAUGCGGCUCCAAGAUCGAAAUCGGCGCAUAAGAAGGACGCCAAAGUUCUGGCGGUCUCGUCAUCCCACCCUGCGCCAAACUUCAAGAAGACUCCGUCCAUAUCAUUCGGUCCAGGGGACCAAUGGUUUGACGAAGCCAUGGAAAACCCCCCAAUGGUCAUCACGGCCAAGGUAGGAAUCGGCCUGAUUAAGCGAAUUCUCGUAGACACCGGCGCCGACUUGAAUAUCAUGUUCCGCAACGUUUUCGAUGCUUUGGGUCUCCGAGAUGCCGAUCUAAGGACUCACCAGCACGGGGUAGUAGGGCUGAGCGACCACUUUAUCAAGCCUGAUGGAAUAAUCUCUCUACCAGUAUCCAUAGGACUGGGACAGGGGAAAAGGUCGGUAAUGGCGGAGUUCGUAGUCCUGCGAGACUCCAUGGCCUACAACGUCAUCCUAGGAAGAAAGACCAUCAACGACCUCAGAGCAGUAAUUAGUACAAAGAUGUUGAUAAUGAAGUUCAUCGCUGAUGACGGAUCAGUGGGAUCCAUCAAGGGAGACCUGGAAACGGCAGUCGCAUGCGACAAUGCCAGUCUCUCCUUGAGAAAGAUAUCCAAAGAGGCAUCAGGAGUAUUCCUAGCCAACCUGGACGCUAGGGUCGACGACAAACCCAGACCCGAGCCAGAAGGAAAUCUGGAAAAGUUCAGGGUCAGCGACUCGGAAGAGAAGUUCACCUUCGUGAACAGGAACCUCCCCUAUGACCUGAAAGAACCUCUGAUGGAGAUGAUUAGGGCUAACGGCGACCUAUUUGCCUGGACGCCAGCCGACAUGCCGGGGAUAGAUCCCUAG